AUGCUUAGUAGCACCACUAUCGCCUAUGAGAAUAACUUGUUGCUUGCUGCCAUCUUAUGUCUUUUGUUAGUCAUCCUUUUUGUCCUCCUACUUCAUAUUUACGCGAGGUGGCUCCUUGCUGAGGGCCACCUAUGUCGAACGUCUAUAUUUGGUGUCUUUGGCCGCACACCUCACCUCCGCAGGUCACACACAGUAUCGUCGACAACCUACACGUAUGAUAUCACCUCUCUGUCUUCUUGUUCGUACCAAACUAAGGGUCUUGACUUGACGGUGAUAGAUUUGAUCCCGACGUUUGUGUAUGGACCAGUGUCGGAGGGAAGAAGUGGGGGAGAAGGGUAUAAGGGGGUGGCGUUGGAGUGUGCAAUCUGCUUGAGUAUGUUUGAGGAAGGGGAAGUAGGAAGGAGCUUGCCAAGAUGCUCACAUGCGUUUCAUAUGGAAUGCAUUGAUAUGUGGCUCUUUAGCCAUUCUACCUGUCCAAUCUGUCGAGCUCAAGUUGUGAUGGAAGCUGAUGUUAGUCAGAAAAGCGAGACACUGAGUGGUGAGGGAACUGAUGGUGCUGCUGAAAAUUUGGCAGCAGAGGAGCAUCUACUCGUGGAUGAUGGUACGAAUCAGUCGGAUGAGUCUGCCAUCAUGAACCUUGAUAACAUCAUAAAUAAUGAUCAAGUUGUGGUAGAAAUUAUGGGAAUUGAUGCAGAUUCCGAAGACGAGAAUGUGGGAAGUAGGGAUUAUCCCAUGUUAGAUUGCUCUCUAAGACGGAUGUUAAGUAGGAAUAGAUCUGAGAAAAGGUUUAAUCCUUCAUCUACUUCAACAGUAUAG